UAUUGUUAAAUAAAGCAACAUUCCAAAUAAAGAAACAUUUCACAGGAAAACACUGAUUCUUACGAACUACUGUGUGAGUCUCGCCGUAAUGAGGAGAGUGUUUGUCUAUUACGCUAGUAUACUAAGUUUAUGGCUUAUUCAUCCAUGGCUUUUAAGAUAGAUGAAAAUAAUGUAAAUACAAAAUAAUAAAUCAAUAUUAUGGCUGCGGUGAUCACAUAACACUUAACGACGCAUACCUAUGUUCGCGUAGACUGAUUAUCAGUCGAACAUACGGUUCGUUUGUCCUCCUUUUGCAUAAAAAAUGUAAUGCAAUGUCUUUAUGACGUUUAACGUCAGCAGCUAAUGUCAGGCUUUUGCUUUUGUAAUUCCUUCAAAAUUCAGAUUUCAGCCCUCAAAGUUAAAACUUGUCGCAGUAUUUCAUUCGCCUACAAUUUUUGGUGUAUAAUUUUUUGUUAAAUAAUGCAUAAAUUAAUGUAUAAAUGCUGAACUAUUUAAACAAUUAAAGCAUUGUUUUCAUUUAUGUUUAAUUUUUUAUGUUAUUUAAGAGAAAAUGAGUGUAUUUAAAUCUGCAAUGGGAUACUUCAGCUCUAGUGGUGCCAACGGGGGCAGUGAUAAUGAUUUCGUUGGCCAAUUUGUCGAAAUUGGAAAUAUGAAAUUAAGAGUAAAAAAAGUAAUAGCCGAAGGUGGUUUUGCAUUUGUAUUUGUUGCUCAAGAUAUUGCUUCUGGUACAGAAUAUGCCUUAAAAAGGCUAAUGGCAGCUGAUGAACAAGCAAACAAAAACAUUAUACAGGAAAUUAGCAUACUAAAGAAAUUAUCAGGGCACCCUAAUGUAAUUAAAUAUAUAGCCGCUUCUUUUAUUGAUAAAACGAAGACAUCCCAUGGAAUGAGUGAAUAUUUAUUAUUGACUGAUUUAUGUAGUGGUGGAAGUUUAAUGGAGGCUUUGCAGCAUAAGGGUCAAGCAUUCCCGCUGCCAACAAUUGUGAGAGUUUUCUACCAAACUUGCAAAGCAGUACAGCAUAUGCAUGCACAGGUUCCACCGAUUGCCCAUCGUGAUCUUAAAUUAGAAAACUUCCUUAUUUCUAAUGAAGGUACAAUAAAAUUAUGUGAUUUUGGCUCAGCAACAACAGAAGUCUACACACCAAAUCCCUCUUGGAGUGCAAACCAAAGAAACAUGUUGGAAGAAAAUCUAGCACAGUUUACAACUCCAAUGUACAGAGCUCCGGAAAUGCUUGACACAUGGGAUAACCGUAAAAUAGACCAUGCGGUUGAUAUUUGGGCUCUAGGGUGCAUCCUUUACACCCUUUGCUACAUGCAACAUCCAUUUGAAGACUCGGCAAAAUUAGCCAUCCUUAAUGGAAACUACUCGCUCAAUCCCAACGAUCAAAGAUACAAAUGUUUUCAUGAAAUAAUAAAUGGGUGUCUGUGUGUGAACCCCGACGAGCGGCUGACCAUCAGCGGCGUGCUGGAGCGACUGGCGGCCGUGGCGGAGACCAAUAGCGUCAAUCUCAAGCAACCACUCAAAUUUGAGCGUAAAAAAGUUGAACAAUCCGUGGCCACUAGCUCGCCAGCUGUAAAGGACAGCGGUCCAAUCAUUCAAGACGUAUCGAGUCCUCGGCCUCCGGAGCCCAGUCGGCCCCCUCCCCCCGCGCGGCCACCCGCUGCGCCACAUUACGCCACGCAUGCCCCGCCCACUACUGGCGGCUUAUUCUCAUCAAUCAAAGAUGGCGCUGGAAGCUUCUUGAAGAAUCUGAAGGAUACUUCGUCGAAAGUUAUGCAAACAGUGCAACAAUCAAUAGCCCGAGCGGAUCUAGACAUCAGCUACAUUACAAGCCGUGUCAUUGUGAUGUCGUAUCCGUCCGAUCUGCUUGAGAGCGCUUACAAGACUAAUCACAUCGACGACGUCCGGUUGUACCUAGAGAGCCACAUACCCGGCGGCAAGUACUGCGUGUACACGGCGCACGAGGCCAAGGCGCGGUUCCCGCGGCGGCAGCUUGUCACCGACACGUCGCUGUGGCCCUCGGACGAUCACCGCGCGCCGCUGCUGCCGCCCUACUACUCGCUGCUGCAGCACAUGUACCAGUACCUGUGCGGGGACGACAAGAGCGUGCUCGUCAUUGCCUGCCCGGAUGGUAAGUCCCGGUCAGCGAUGCUCCUGUGCGGACUGCUUCUUUACGCGAAACUGGUGACGGUUCCCGAAGACGCUCUACAAAUAUUCGCCGUGAAACGCAUGCCCAUCAACAUGUCGCCCAGCCAACUCAGAUAUCUGUAUUAUCUGCACAAUAUUGUCAGACCAGAUCCCAUUCUGCCACACUUCAGGCCGGUUUCACUGGUGUCAAUCACUAUACAACCCGUACCAUUAUUUACUAAAGCGAGGGAUGGAUGUAGGCCAUACCUCGAGGUGUACAACGAAGACAGGCUCAUAUCGCCGCCAUUACGUAGCUACGAGAGCUUACAUCUGUACAACAUGGCCGAAGGCAAGGUGACGUUACCACUGGACUGCACAGUGACUGGAGACGUCGUAGUGUGCGUGCACCACGCUCGCCAGCAGCUAGGCCGGCUGCAGCGGGUGCCCAUGCUCUCCGUCUCCUUCCACUGCGGCUUCCUCAGCUACGACCAGCACGCCAUCAAGUUCACCAGGUCAGAAAUAGACGGUAUCGACGAGAUAUCACCAGUGAACGACCACUUCUCGUCCAACGUGUCGGUAAUCAUCAGCCUGGUGGUGCAAAACGGGGAGCGGCGCAAGCCUCGCUCCGACAUCUGGGAGGAGGAUCACUCGUUCCCGGUGCGGUCACCUGACCUGCUCUUCUCUAGCACUCUAGAGCGAGACGAGACCAUCGAUAAUUUCGCCAAUCUUCGAAGGAAUCCAACUUUGGCCCCACCAACACUAACGGCAGAUUAUCCCCGCGAAUCACCGAAACGGCCCGACAGACCCUCUCGACCUGCACCGCCUACUCCUCAGAAAGCAGUCCCCAAAGAUCCCCAACCCACCGACUCUGCUGACUUACUGAACAUCAGCUCUAAGAAGCUCGAGGAACAGGAGUCUAAGAGAGAUAAACUGAAGAGCGAGGACUCUUUCGAUUUCUUCGGCUUGAUGGAGAAGACUGAUGAUAACUUUGGUGAAUUUCUCGUUGGAAAGGUUGAGGAUAACGCACAGCCGUUCACUGAGAACAUAUUCAGCGAGUUACCAGCGCCACCGACCAACAUAUCUCAGUCGAACGUGAACUCAAGUGAUCCCCUUAAUUUCGACCCGUUCGGACUCAACGAGCCACUGCCCAAACAGGAGCCUUUGCUAGCUCCGCACCCUGUUAAAGAUGAAGCGCGUUCUCAAAGUGUACCUCUUGAGAAGGCUGAUAGAGAUCCAUUUGCUGACUUGGGCUCGUUGGGAGCUGGUCUAAAUACCAACGGCCAGAGCACUGCGCCAAGUCAGAACGCGACAUUCUCCAAUAUGGGUGCAAAUAUUGGCCCUGCGUUCGGGAACGUUGGAGCGUUUGGCGCCAAUGUAGGUGUUAGUCCAUUGAGCACGCCGAGAGCUUCCCCGGCUCACACGCCGUCGCAUCGAGCGCAGACGCCGCAGAAUCCUGACUACAGCCGCAGUCACUUCGACGCAACGAAAAAUCAACCGGAAGAAAAAACGAAAAACCCCAUGGAUGUGUUCGGUGACUUGCUGGGCAGCCAGGGUUACGAAUUCGCGAAGCGGGACACCGGCCCCAAGACCAUGAACGCCAUGAGGAAAGAGGAGAUGGUGCGGGAGAUGGACCCUGAGAAGCUGAAGAUACACGAAUGGACGGAAGGCAAGAAGGCGAACAUCCGCGCUCUGCUGUGUUCGUUGCACAACGUGGUGUGGCCCGACUGCCGGUGGUCUCGCUGCGAUAUGUCCCAGCUGGUGUCUCCGGCCGACGUUAAGAGAAACUACAGGAAGGCCUGUCUCGCCGUGCACCCCGACAAGCAAAUGGGAACCCCAAACGAGAACAUAGCUAAGAUGAUAUUCAUGGAGCUGAACAACGCUUGGAGCGAGUUCGAGAACGACGCCAAACAACAGAACCUGUUCCAGUCAUAAAUUAUUCGAUAUCACUCAUUAGACAUUAUUAAGGGCACGCGUAGAUUGGACCGCGCCGCAAACCUGCGUACACGCGACGUUCACAACCAUUGACGUACCAUAAGCAACUAGACUCGCAAUCGCCUAUUAAAAAGUCGUCAAAAAUAUCCGAGCGGCGUUGUAUAUACAUUAACUUAUACAGAAAACAUUCAUUCAAAUUAACACUUUAUGUCGUGGCAGUAAUGUUCAAAGUACGCUACGCUGCGUCUAUGCUCAUUGAUUAUGGUGCGAAAUAAAAGACGAAUGUCUCUUUCGCACAUUUCGUCGGCGAUGAAUUUUGUUUUAGCAAUUUAAAUGUAAUUAUUGAGCAAAAAAUUUAAAACGUCAAGUUACUUACAUAAUAUGCUGUUAUUUGGACAGUUUUUCACUGAACACUUUGUUAUUGCGUGGCGUUUUAAUCAAAGCGCAGUAAAAACACAACUGAACGAAAACUCUGCCUAAUAGACGCGCAGGCAGGGUUUUGCUUUGCAUAAUUUUUUAACGUGAUUGUGAUUCUAGUUGUUAUUGUCACAGCUCACCAUCACACCACCGCCGCACCGCAGUUUCGUUUCAGUGUUGUGUUCUGUCCAUUACAGUCCUCUAUCAAAUAACCGUAUGCGUUCGCUUAUAUUUGAUUUCAUUUUCCUAUUAUUGUGUGCAAAGUUCGAUUUUGCCCUUGCAUUUGCGUUCGCAAAGUACCACUUUCCCAACGAGCGUGCGGGAGUGUAGCUGAGCGUUCGGUAAUUAUAGAGAUCGGACUUUGCGCAACUUAAUACGAUACUCGUGCGAAAAUCUUGAAGAAUUUCGGCUACGAGACGUUGAUAUAUUAAUUUGAGGAGACAUCGGUUACGUCGCUUAAUUUUAGAAAGUUUUAUGAAUUUUCAGAAAGUUUUAAAAACAAACGUAGAACAUUAAAAGCUUAGUUCGAGGUCUGCGAGAUUAUGGAACAUUCUCUGGAAUCUCUUUUUUUCUGGUAAUAUUGACAUUCGUAUUAAUUUCUUUUUUAUCAUUCACCUUGGCUUAUGUUAUUAAUUAAAGGGAUAUUUUAUCUUGUAGUCUAAAUUUGACUAGCGAUUUGCGUAGUGCGCUGUGAGUAGGGUCGUGUCGGUAAGCUACGCCUUAAGUCGUUUUGUUACGGCCCAUCAUCAUUGUUGUAUGGGGCCGGUUAACAUCGGCUCAUAUGCGGUAUGAGCUCGUAAAAGUAUUACACCAAAUAUGUAUAUAUUUUUUGUGGUAAUCUACCGUCUGCAAAAACUAGCUAUAUCGAAAGACAGUGACAGAAUUCUAAAAUCUAUGACAGAUUAUAUAUCCCUCUGGAUUAUUACAUUACAUUACAUUACAAAUGUUGUCUAAUUGAAUGUAACUAAUUGGCUUUGAUGCACACAAAAAGCUGUUUGUUAGAUUUGAUAUUUAAGAUAUAUUAUGUACCUUGUAGUAAUGGAGGACAAAAAUAAAACAUUAUUUUUAUUCGGUCUGUAUAAUGUCUCGAUUUACGUAAAUAUAAGUAUGUAUAGAUUUUGUCGAAUGCAAAACAAUGUUUGUAACGGUAGUGCCUUCAUCUCAAUAUCAGUAUUUUUAGAGUACAUAACAGCUCGAUUUGGCCAGUAACACAUGAUGCUUCUUUCGGAAAUUAGAUGUCACAUUCCUAUUAGGUAUAUAAUAUAUCAGUUUCGAUAUGUGAAUUAGUAUACUUAGGCUGGGUCGCAUCAUAUAAGCUGUUAUAGUUAAGGUUUAGUCAAAUUUAACGUUAACAGUAACACUGACUUUAACAUAGAGUGUUGCACCGCAUUCCUUGGCAUAGUUAAAGUUCAAAAGUGAAAUAUCAAGUCAAUAUCGAAUUUUAAUUUGAAACUUGGCGGAUAUUUAACGGUUAGAGCGCUUUCGCACUACAUCCGAUCCGUACCCUUGAAAACACGGUCCGAAGUAGUCGUAGAAAUAGUUUACACACUAGAUCCGGCUUCCCUCAUCCGAUUGCUUUCCGUCAACUGUUAGAAAUAGUUGUAGGGCUACACUGGACCGGAUCUGAUCGGAUCGGAGUAGUGCGAAAGCGCUCUUACGGUUUACGGGUAAAGUUAUGACGUCAUCUAAAAAUUGUCAAAUGGUGCAACAUAAUUUUUGCAACAUGUUUAUUAUUGCUAGAUUUAGUUGAUGCAACGCAGUCUCAACUUCGCUUUACGAACAGUACAAGAUUGGCUAGUCAAAAUUAUAAACUGACGUAACAUUAAAAUUCUGUGACGUCUUGCCAAAAUUCGAAGCUUGUGUAAUUUACGUUAAAAAUUACUACUUACUCUACUUACAAAGCAUUGCAUUUCUCUUUAGAGUGCUUAAAUCGUAUCUGUAAUCGUGUAUAAAUUUUCGUGGAUUUUACUACCGCUUAUUAAAAUAUUGCGAGGUAGUCAUCGCCAAAUAUUUUCUAAGCGUAUGUUUCGGAAAUAUUGGCAGCUUGUAUAGUUAUUGUAUGUAAAAUAUAUUCGUUUUUUUAUCUUACUAUUCGAUGUAUAGCCCUGCAAAUCAUCUAUGUCACAGAUAAAGUACUAAUAUAGUAGUAAUUAGCUCUAUUUCAUUGUUCAACACACGUGAUACAAAUUCAAGGAAAAAAAUUUGUCAUCACACAAAAUACGAAUAAUUAUAUAUUAUAUUAAUAGUGUAUUCAGCAUUUUUUACAUUAUAAAAACAUUCAUGAGAUUUUCGGUUACCGUUUGUAUAAAUAUAUUUAAGAAUGCAAAGUUUAAAUUUAAAAUAUGUUUAAGAUUGAGGGUAUGAUAAGUGGUAUUUACGUUGGAUCUUGAUCAAAAUAGGUUACGGGAAAGUAAGAUUCUACCAUGUUGUACACAACAUAACAUAAAGAUGAAAUAUUAGACGAAGUCUGAAUUAGUACUUACAUUAUUAAUGCUUAAGUAUUGCAAAUAAAGUCCCUUAUGUUAUGAAGAUAUGCUAUUCAAGCUCCGUCUCGAAGUUAUUUUAAUCUACAAUUUACGACGACGCUACUGUGUGUGUAAGAGACGGGGCUUCGGCAGCGGGAGAUUACAUAUUUAGUUGUAUGUGUAUAUGUAGUACCUACAUGGCAUCAUGUUUUAGAUAUUUAAAUAGCUUUGGAGUAUUUAACUGCCCUACGUUCUGUGAAAAGUAUUAGAGCACGUUUGGUGGCAGUAAUAUAAAUAUAUAUUAAGUAAAAGGAAAGAUUCAUGCACAUAGCCUAGUUUGUUGUGUCCGUGCAUAUUGAAAUAUUGAUUCGUCUAAUAAUAAUUAUGAUUUUGUAAAAAAAGUAGUUCUUGUUUUGUUAUGUUGUCUAGUGUCUUCACAUUUCCUUACAGUAAAAGUAUUAAGUUAAGUAAUUAAAAGCGUAAAUCGUAAGCACGAAUCGGUUAAUUAUUAUUACGAAUUGUACUCUUAAUGUAUAUAAUUGAUCCCGUGUCAAUAAGUAGACAGACAGUUGGUCGCUGACUGUUCACACUACCAGAGUACCUACUCAUUCUAUUAGUUUCUCGCAGAGACAAGAGAUAUCAAAAAUAGUACUAGAUGUGUGAUGCUCGCUUAGCGGUCAGAAAUAAUCGUGCGAGUAAUCACCCGUCGCACUCGAAAGUACACCCAGGUAGGUAUAGCCCAGCGUCGAAACUAUCGGAACUACACUCGCUUGUAGAUAGAUACUUGAGAACUUGUAUUUAUUUUAUACUCGCUUCACUUAUAUUCCACGUUCACGUUCAAGCGCAGUGCGUUUCGUUUCGGUUAAAUACUCUGUGAUUAGCGGGAUGAGACAUGUUUUAAUACUCUAUAAUCCGCAGAAGUUUUCUGGUGGUCAAUUACCAAAAUCGAAAGUUUCGGUCCGAAACGAAUGAACGACGAACUUCGAAUUAAAUCCUAUAUCCAAAGUACUUCGGAUCCGAAUAGUGCGGACGGAUUCGUUUCGGAACCAUAUACUUAAAAUUUGGGAAUAAGGUAAACAAAAGAUAAAAAUAUGUCUAAUCGCGAACUUCGUUAUCGAUCUUCGGAUCCGAAACACUUUCUUCUGAUAAGAAAAUGUACGAUCCAUCAACCGAAACUUCGUAUUUCAAUUUUGGUAAGAGAGCUCCUGGGCACCUUGUCGUUUAUAUUUCUUUAUUUAUUCAGUAAAUAUAGAACAGCAUUUCUAGACUCAAUUUUAGUAAGUAAAUAAACAUACAGGAACCGUAAUAUUAUAUUCAUUCAACUCAAAACGAGACAUUAUUGUUUUAGUUGGUGAAUGUGCCAUGUUGAGUUCUGCUAGUAAAUACAUUAUAUCCAAGAAGUAGGUAUCUAGAUGUUAUAUUUUGUCAAAGUAUGCUGUAUAUCUGUUGGGUGUAAAUUUGUGCAUUUCUUCUCGCUUUUUGUCUUAAUAUCCUUACGGAUGUGUCAUUUAGAAGUAAACAUACUUAUUGUCUUAUUAAAUAAAUGUUUACCUACCUAGAAAUCAUUAUAAAAAUAAUUGGAAUCAUUACGCACAAAACCGUGUCUUGUUGCAAUAAAAUGGUAUCUUCUCUUGAUCUUAAUAGUAGUAGGUUUCGGUAGGUUGCAUAACGUUUCUUUAAUUGCAUAUUAUUCUGUAAACACGGUUUACCUAUGUACUGGAAACAGCUAGUUUUUUUUUAAUUGAUAAUAAUUUUCAUGCGAAUUUCGGGAUCUAAUGGCUUUUUUCUUUUCAACACUGAUAUUAUUCGAGAAACCGCAUUUACCAUGGGGUGUCUAAUACCUGAUUCCUGCCACGAAAUAUCAUCCCCACAUUUUCCUCCACAGCAUGGAUAUGAAAGUAUUUUCUGGAUGAUUCAAUUUGGGUAACGCUUCUUUGAUUCCUCUGGUGAAUAGUAAGAGAGUAGAGGCUACUGUGACUAUACAUUAAACUGAUAUUGAAUUGAUCACUAAUCUGGUAACUCUUUUGGUCGUCUUAUCUCAUAAAUUUAAAAUGUAGUAGACGAAUGUAUAGUUGUGGACUAUGUUUACUUCUAGUUGGCUGUUUAAGUUAAUUGUUCCUAGAUAUAGAAUUUCGCUAAAACCCAAGCCAGCAGCUGCUCUGGGUUGGCGCGUGAUUCAAUGUGUAUAUUUUGCUUUAAAUAUAUUUAAAUAGUUAUCAAAUUAUUCAUCAAUAAAUAUGGCAGAUUACAAA